AUGUCGUCUUCAGUGCCAAAUUCGAGUGAUGGCUUCUUCGAGGCUCAUGCGCUACAUCCAGUUGACACAAGUAGAGCUAAAGAUGGUGUCUGGUUAGUGAAAGUCCCCAAUUAUCUAUGUGACCUGUGGAUGAAAGGAAAUACCGAAAAAGUUGUCGGGGAAGUUGUGAUAACUGCUACCGACCCAAAUUCUAACAACAAGGACCAAUCGAAUGUUUGUUUGGUAACUGACGAUGCUUUGAUUGCCGAAGCCGGGGAAAACAGUGAUUUCAUUCCUAAGAAACACAAAUUUCUUGUUCAAAUGCUGUCAUCUGAACAUCCUUCGGACAAGAAGAGUUCUCCUGGAAAUGUGUCGGCUAUGGUAGGACAAGAGCUCGUUGUUCUCUGUGAAGAAGAUAUUCCCCAAGUUUCUAAUGACCCUAGUUCCUCGUUGGCCAUUUCGUCGCAAAGAAAUCGAUCCAGCAGACGCUAUUCAUUCUUUGGGCGCGUUAACAGUCGUGCUGAAUGUCGUCCUCCCGAUAAUCUUAGAUACAUGAAGCUUAAGGCUGAGCAGCUUAAAGCGAAGAAUCGUGCCAAACACAAUAUUUGUAUCUUGGAGAAGCCAGUGCAGACUAAUCUACCUGUUUCGAAACCGGUAUUUGAAGUGCAGCUCGAGAAUCGCAAAAAGACCGAGGGCAAGAAUUUGCGUCGUGAACGUGAAGAUGUGCUACAGGAUCUUUUCAAGGCUUUCGAAAGGCAUCAGUAUUAUACCUUCAAGGACUUGGUCAAUCUCACUAAACAGCCCGCUAACUACUUACAAGAAAUCCUGAAGGAAAUUGGAGUUUUCAACUCGCGUCCUCCUCACCAAAAUAUGUGGGAAUUAAAACCAGAGUAUCGCCAUUAUAAAGAGGCUUCAAAAGACUGA